UCUCCGCGGCAUUCUGGUGGUUAUGGUGCCUCAGGGUGUGUGUGUCAUGCCGUCUCCCCAUGCUGUUUGUCUGCUCUGUUAUGAGCCAGGAGCAUGUUCUAAUGUAAAUGCAGAUGGUGCCUUCUGAAUGCAGAGGUGGAUGCUUGAAUGCUGCAGUGCCCUGCUGGCUGGCGAGAACCUUUGACAGUAAGAUGCCAUCGAUUUCAGAGAUGUUAAAAUGUGAACAAAUGUGCGUUGGAGAAUCAGUGGAAUAUGGCAGCAGUGCACUGUGUGUGAAGGGACGUUGAUCAAGGAGUCACUGACCAGAGCUCCUUAUGGGCAAUUUGUUUGAAUGAGGGUGACUGACUGUCGUGGAGAAUUUUGGCUUUCUACCAGUGAUGGCUGGGAGACAGGGCAGAGGCAGAACCUGAAGUGUGAUGUUAAAAAGCAUUGGAACGGUGUGGCUCUCUGCAUCAUUUUCUGAAGAAGAACUGAAAAGAAGAGUAGCCGAGGAGCUGGCAUUGGAGCAAGCUAAGAAAGAAUCUGAAAAGCAAAAACAACUAAAGCAAAGCAAAGAACUGGACCAGGAGAGCGCCCAUGAGCAGUUAACCAGAGCUAUCCUCCGAGAGAGGAUUUCCAGCGAAGAGGAACGCUCCAGGGCCAAGCACCUGAUUAAGCAGCUGGAAGAGAAAGAUCGAGUGAUAAAGAAACAGGAUGAGUUCUACAAACAGCAGCUGGCUAGGCUGGAGGAGAGGGAGACCCUGGGUGGUGCCGGUGGUUCACGUGCUCAGCGGCCAACCAAAGGAUUAGAGAGCGCAGAGUUCUACAAAGUCACCACUGAGCAAUAUCAGAAAGCCACUGAAGAGGUGGAAGCAAAGUUCAAGCGGUAUGAUUUUCAUCCAGUCUGUGCUGACCUACAGGCCCAAAUUCUCCAGUGUUACCGCCAGCACACCCACCAGACCCUCAGCUGCUCUGCCCUGGCUGCCCAGUACAUGCACUGUGUCAACCAGGCCAAACAGGGCACACUUGAGAAGGGAGGAUAAAGUCAACUUUGAAAAUGAGCAAAACUCCAUCCACGUUAAUUCCAGAGGUGGAACUUUUUUUUUUUCCUAGUAAGAAAAUAACCUAUUUAAAGAGAAGAAUGAUAAAGAGAAGCACCAGAAAGCGGAUUCAACAGAAGCAAAUCACGAUUUGAUCAACAACAGUUCACAAAGCCCAGGCCUAGAUCAGGGGUCAAUCAUCAAAAGACAGCUUCAGUGUUAGCAUAGCCCCUUUACAGUGAUUAAAAGAGAAGGACAUGUCUCACCACCUUUUUUAUUUUCCAUUCAUUUCUACUGACCGCAAGUCUUUCUCUUCUAACCAAGUCCCAUGGUUGGGUGAACCCGUCUCUAGCACAGCAGGGAGAGGGGGCAGCAGUACUGAGCGGAAUUGUCCAGGCUGUGACCCGUUGGUUUUCUCUUUUCCUGUUCCCCUUUGAUUAUGUAAGAAUUGCUUUGUUUUAACUUAUUACGGUGAUCUUGCAAGUAAGAAGACAAAAGGGAGAGAGCAUGUCCCUCUUUUACGGGAAUAAUGUUUGUGAUUAUAAGUGAAAUAAGGCAUUUUUUAAUCAACAUGAAGGCAACCUUGGCUUAUACAGACCUCUUCUCUGUUAUGAAUACUGACAUCUAUACUUCACUCAGUAUCAAUAAUAAAUAUAUUUUCUGACUAAGACUGACGUUGUAGCCUGAGGCCUCCCGUAUUCCUUUCGCUGGGUUAGAUGGUUCUGCUUAUGGGAAUACAGUUGGUGUAUAUUGUCAUUAAUUUGCAUUUGUGCUGUACCUUUCCUCUAAAAAACUCCAAAGCACUUUGCAGAGCCUCUGACAAGCAAGUGAUAACUUAGAAGUUGCCUCUCAGGUAGGUAGAAUGCAGUCCGAUCUUUACAAAUUGCAUGAACCUUCCUUUCUUUGGGGUGAUUUAAGUCAUCCUGCCUGGGGCAAGAACUAGAUUCGAUAACCUUGGUUAGGAACUUCCGACCCUACAAUACUAUGAAAUGUUUAAAAAAAAAAAAGUCAACCCUUAGAGUUUUCCUCUUUCCAAUUUCAUUAAAACUUCUUGAUUAUAACUCUAGCUUUUCUACCCGAGGCCCAGUGCUUCAACCCUUUAUUUGAGUGAGUUGGAAACAAGUAUUCACAUUGGAGCUAAAUGGAAAGGUCUUUCAGGAAGUAGAUGGAGGAGAUAAUGCCGGUGCUGGGUGAUGUUGUUCAGAUAUCUUUUGUCAUGUAGGGUUUUAUUUCAUUUUUAUUUUAUUAGAGGAGUAAUUUAACAAAAUGAUUAAGAAUACAGGCUCUGGAAUAAGAUGACUAUGACUAUGUGUUCAGAUCUGGGCUCUGCUACUGACCAGCAGGGAAACCCUGGUGGCAUAGUGGUUAAGUGCUAUGGCUGCUAACCAGAAGGUCAGCAGUUUAAAUCCAAAAGGCACUUCUUGGAAACUUUAUGGGGCAGUCCUAUAGGGUCCUAUGAGUUGGAAUCAAGUCAACGGCAACAGGUUUGGUUUUUUGUUUUUGUUUUUUUACUGACCAGCUGUGUGACCUUGGGCAGGUCACCAAACCGUACUAAGCCUCUAUCUCUUCAGCUGUAAAAAAGGGGAAGUGAAAGAACCUACUUCUUAGGUUUAUUGUGAA